AACAAUUAAUAGUAGAAGAAGAACCUACUGCAAAAACAUUGAAACAGGCGAGAGAGAUGUGACAGUUACAGUGUUGAGAUUCUUACCAGUAGCUAAACUUUCCGUGUGAUGACCCUGAAAAGAAACAGAUCGUGUAGACACAUGUUAGUCUAUGAACAGAUGGCUAAAUCUACACGCCAUUAAUCCAAAUCGGAAAACGCUCAAAUCUGUUGAGUUACUGAUCGUCAAGGUUAUGCAAUAUCUUUAUUACUAUUAUAACCACCAAAUGCAGUAAGAUGAAAAUGAGGCUUCCUUUAGCAUUGAUUGCAAAUGUAAGAUUGCUUAAUUCUGGCUUCAGAAUCAGGCAUUCGAUUCAUAAUGGUGUUACAAAAACAUCAUUGCUGUCCAGUCAUAAUAUAUGCAGCGGAGCGGAGAGAACGUGGAUAAAACCAGCGGGGUUUGACACCGGUGUGAAGACUUACAACAGUCUCACCAAGCAGAAAGAACCUCUGGUUUUGGCACAAGAACGCAUUGCUACCUGGUAUAGUUGUGGACCUACUGUUUAUGACCAUGCCCAUCUCGGUCAUGCGUGCUCAUAUGUCAGAUUUGAUAUUCUACAAAGGAUCUUGUCCAGAAUUUUUGAAAUUAAUGUAAUCCACGUCAUGGUCAUCACCGACAUUGAUGAUAAAAUAAUACAAAGAAGCCUUGAGCAGAACAUCUCGCCCACUGUCCUAGCAAGAAUGCAUGAGGAAGAGUUUAAGAGGGACAUGCAAGCACUGCGGGUUCUUCCUCCAGCUGUAUACAUGAGGGUGACAGACAACAUACCCCAGAUUGUAGCUUUUAUAAAGCGUAUUAUUGGAAAUGGACAUGCCUAUGUCACAAGUCAAGGCAACGUCUACUUUGACACUCAGUCGAUUGGUAACCGCUAUGGCAAGCUUGUGAACCUUGGAGGGAUUGUUGGGGAGCUGGGGGCUCAGGAUAAAAGAGAUCCAAGGGAUUUUGCUCUGUGGAAAGCAUCCAAACCACAUGAACCUCAUUGGGAAUCACCUUGGGGACAAGGAAGACCUGGGUGGCACAUUGAAUGUUCUACAAUUGCUAGUUCAGUUUUUGGAAGUCAGUUGGACAUCCACUCUGGAGGAAUUGACCUUGCAUUCCCACAUCAUGAGAAUGAGAUUGCCCAGUCUGAGGCGUAUCAUCGGUGUGAACAAUGGGGGAACUACUUCCUGCACUCUGGGCACCUUCAUUUGAAAGGAAGCGUAGAGAAGAUGUCAAAAUCCUUGAAGAAUUAUGUAACUAUAAAGGAUUUUCUGAAAUCUUACACUGCUAAUGAGUUUCGACUUUUCUGCCUUCUGACCAGAUACAGAUCAGCAAUUGACUAUAGUGAUGCAAGCAUGAGUGAAGCCCGAUCUACCCUGUCCACCAUCUCUGCCUUCUGCCACAAUGCACAGGCCUACAUGCAGGGCCACUUACAGUGCCAGCCUAUAGAGGAGGGAAUUCUCUGGGAGAGGUUGUCUGCUACACAGUCCAGUGUUCGGAAAGCACUCGCUGAUGAUUUUGACACCCCAAAAACUGUGGAUGCCAUUAUGAGCCUCAUUCACCAUGGCAACUGUCAGCUUCAGCCUACUGCUAAGGUUGAUGGGCCGAGGAGUCCUGCUGUAUUUGGAGCCAUGCUGUCCUAUGUCAGGGAAAUCAUGGGUGUUUUUGGAGUUGAUCUAUUGGACAGAAAGGAAGUCCAUGAUUCCUCUGGAGUUUUAAAUAAUGUGGUAGAGGAAUUGGUGCAUUUUCGGAGUGAGGUUCGUAAAUUUGCUCUUUCUGUGGAAGAUCAAGCUCCACAAGAUCCCCUCACUGGCUCUGAAAUUCAGAAAAGGCAUCCACAGCCAGACAGAGUGCCCUUGCUGAAGGCCUGUGAUGCCUUUAGGAAUAAUCUAGCACCCCUUGGAGUCCACAUUAAGGAUAGAGGCACAAACUCCACAUGGGAAAUAACAAGAAGAGGAGAGACCAGGAAGAAUUAACCACUUACUGAAUUGGGACCAAACUUUAUCUAUUAGAACACACGCUGUUUGUAGCAUCUCAGCAGUUUUCUUCUCUUUAUAGAAAUUACAGCUUUACUGAAAAGCCUUGCAGAAAUGAUUAGUUCUAUAAUGCAACUAAAGCUGUAACACCACUAGUAAUUGUAACCACAUCUUGUGUCUGAUGAUAAUGAUUGUAAUUGUUAAUAAAACAACUCUGUUCUUAGCUUAA